AACGCAUGAAUUAGUUCCAUUCAUUAUAGCGUGCAUUGGCACAAACCUAGCAGCGCUCGUGUUGUUUUGUAUCUCGUUUGCCUUUGUGCUGGCUCGUAUUAUCGAGUUAAACUCAGUUUGGUCUCACUCCUCCAGUCCUGUCACGGUCUUGUGUAUGAUUCAUUGGCUUCUUUUUUGGCUCCUUUAUUUACAUGAUAAACAAUCGACCAUCCCCUCUCUUCCAUCUUCCAUCUCUCUCUCUCUUACCCUCCUCCUCUCACUCUCUCUUUCUCCGAGCGAGCUCUCAGCUCCCGACUCUAUUUAUAGCACAGUCCUGCCCCUCCCCUGUCGCUCGCCAGCUAUUUCCAGCAGCCUGAAGCAGCUCCAGUCUGUUUGUAAACUCCACGUCUCUAUACCUCUGCUCUCCCGUUCGCCUCACCCAGCGGGUGAGGGUGCAGAGAUUCGGCUUUGAACAAUUACACAAAAGCAACACAGUCGCACUAAACGGAACAGUCGGACAGUUCAGUUGCCAUUCAUCAGGAGAGUGACUUGUGUGCUGUGCUGUAAGCGUGGACUUGUACGGAGAGGCGAGGGGAAGGAAGGAAAAGAGGGACUGGCAGGCAAAAAUCUCCCAGUGAUCUACUUUAGUGAUCGUCUCUCCGGUUCUGUCGCUUUUAUCUCAUCCCGUCGCAUUUCGUCAUGGGGAAGUCGCUCUUUUGGAGUCCGCCGAUACCACAUGCGUGACUUCAGACGUUUGCAGGAUACAGGCACGCUCAGACCGGGGUCUUGGAUACAAGCCACAUUUGGACUUGUCGGUGUGAAUUAGCAGUUUGUUUCUGACAUCGACAAUUAGACAAGAAGGUGAUGUGGUGUAUGAAUAGACUCGUUUGUGUGGCUGUAAAGCUGCUAGUUUGAGUGAACAAUUUGAGGAUUUGUCUACAGUGUUUCCUUUCACGGAUACCUGUUCUGAUUGCAUUUGUUUAUUGAAAAAAAAUGUUGUUUUUUUUAACCAUGGAUCUAACGGGCAAAGCGAUUUUCGAUUCUUUGCAUGCAUGUACCUUUUGAUAAAGGAAGUGGUGCUUUUUCCCCCUCUUCCUUCAAAUGUGUUUGCAUAUUUGACUUUUUUGGAUGGAGAGUGGGUUGGCAUCUCCUUUUCCAUGUUAAUUAGUUUUUGCAUUAAUUGAGUGGCGAUAUUUCGAGACUGGCAUGCUUUUGAAGCCAACCGUACCGGGACUGUGCGCGAUGUUGCAGACAAUCUAUGAGACCGAAUCCUGCUUCUCUUCAGACAGCACGUCCGGCAGAGAGCGACACGUGGAGCUGCUUUCUCAGUCCAGAAGCACCAGCAUGCCCAGCACCGCAGUGGAUGUGAAGACCUUGCUACCUUCUGGGAUGCAGAGCCCGGUGGGAGGUGGAGGAGAUCAGGGCGGAGGUAGCGGAGGGCCGGUGGACCUGCGUACAGACCCGCGUCUGAGCACACUAAACACGGUGGACCCGGCGAUGAGGGAAAAACAGCUACAACACGAGCUGCUCUUGCUGAAACAACAACAAGAGCUCCAGAAACAGCUGCUGUUUGCCGAGUUCCAGAAGCAGCACGAGGUUUUGACACGCCAACAUGAAGUGCAGCUACAGGAACAUCUUAUGCAACAGCAGGAGAUCCUUGUCGCAAAGCGUCAGCAGGAGCUGGAGCAGAAGAGGAAGUUGGAACAGCAGCGUCACGAAGAGAUGGAGAAGCAGAGACUGGAACAACAGCUCAUCAUGCUACGUAACAAAGAGAAGGGCAAAGAGAGUGCUAUCGCCAGUACUGAGGUCAAACUGAAGCUGCAGGAGUUCCUGUUGAGCAAAAAGGAACCUGGCCCUGGUGGACUAAACCAUUCCUUCUCCCAGAAGUGCUGGGGGGCUCACCACGCGUCCCUGGAACAGAGCUCCCCUCCACAGAGCAACACACCGGGCACGCCACCCUCCUACAAACUCCCCACACUGUUAGGGUCCUAUGAGGGCAAGGAUGACUUCCCUCUCCGUAAGACCGCCUCUGAGCCCAAUCUGAAGGUACGUUCACGGUUAAAACAGAAGGUGGCUGAGAGGAGGAGCAGCCCACUUCUUAGACGAAAAGAUGGUACUGUGAUCAGCACCUUCAAGAAAAGGGCGAUUGAGAUCUCAGUGUCCUCUAUGUGCAGCAGUGCUCCUGGCUCGGGUCCCAGUUCUCCGAACAGCUCUAACUGUGCCAUUGCCGAGAAUGGCUCCAGCGGAUCCGUUCCAAACAUCCACGCUGAGCAGUUGCGUUCUCUGCAUCAGUCUUUGACUGGAGAUGGGACACCGAGUCCCCUUAGCCUCUACACCUCUCCAUCUCUGCCCAACAUCUCUCUUGGACUGCCUGCCAACGCGCACAUCACGGCUCCUCAGAAACUCAGUGCCCAGCAGGAGGCAGAGCGGCAGGCAAUCCAGAGUUUGCGUCAAGGUGGGGCACUGACAGGGAAGUUCAUCAGCACAUCGUCCCUGCCAACGUGCCUUCCCACCGGGGCACCCCAUGACCCCGAGCCCCCUUCCGCCUCUAAUAGCCACAGUAGCCAUUCCUCGCUGCUCCAGCACGUCCUACUGUUGGAGCAGGCUCGUCAACAGAGCGCACUUCUCGCAGUUCCCAUGUACGGGCAAUCUCCGCUGGUAACGGGUGAGCGGGUGUCCAGCAACAUGCGUACAGUGAAUAAAUUGCCUAGGCACCGGCCGCUGAGCCGUACACAAUCAGCACCCCUGCCUCAAACACCACAGGCCCUGCAGCACCUCGUAAUGCAACAGCAACACCAACACUUCCUCGAGAAACAGAAACACUACCAGCUAAAUAAGAUCCUUUCAAAAGGGGCGGAGCUUCCACGGCAGCCUCCCACGCACCCUGAGGAGACGGAGGAGGAGCUUACGGAAACCGCAGAGAUGCAGGACGAGCGAGGGGAGGGGCUUGAUCAUGUAAGGGAGGGGCUACAGAAAGAGAGCUCUGGUGAGACCACACCCACUUCCGAACGUCUGGUUCAGUUGAAGGGAGAAAGCACAGAAAGUGACUUGGAGGAAGAUGAUGAUGAUGAUGAUGAUGAAGCCAUUGAACUGAGGGAAUGUGAUGAAGAGGGCGCCCCCUAUGGCCAGUAUUUGGACCAGCAGCAUGUGCAGCAACUGAAUGUGUUCCAGGCCUCCCUGUCCAUCACGGGAAUGCCCCACAGACCUCUGGGAAGGGCACAGUCGUCCCCCGUCACUUCUAGUCUUAAAGGAGCACCCCUGAAUGAGGUGCCAAUUAAGCAUCUCUUCACAACAGGGCUGGUGUACGACACCUUCAUGCUAAAGCACCAGUGCAUAUGUGGGAACACAAACAUCCAUCCCGAACACGCCGGUCGCAUUCAGAGUGUUUGGUCCAGGCUGCAGGAAACAGGGCUGCUUGGUCGCUGUGAGAGGAUCAGAGGAAGGAAGGCCACACUAGAUGAAAUCCAAACUGUGCAUUCUGAGUACCACACGCUGCUCUAUGGCACCAGUCCACUGAACCGACAGAAGCUGGACAGCAAGAAACUUUUAGGUCCAAUAAGUCAAAAAAUGUAUGCUGUCCUACCGUGUGGAGGCAUUGGGGUGGACAGUGACACAGUGUGGAACGAGAUGCACUCGUCAGGAGCUGUCCGGAUGGCGGUGGGCUGCGUCAUUGAGCUGGCAUUUAAAGUUGCUGCCGGAGAGCUGAAGAACGGGUUUGCGGUGGUCCGUCCUCCUGGUCAUCAUGCUGAGGAAUCAACUGCCAUGGGUUUCUGUUUCUUCAACUCAGUGGCCAUCACUGCCAAACUGCUGCAGCAGAAACUCGGGGUGGGCAAGAUCCUGAUCAUAGACUGGGAUAUUCACCAUGGAAACGGGACCCAGCAGGCUUUCUAUAAUGACCCCAAUGUGCUGUACAUUUCCCUGCACCGUUAUGACGAUGGCAACUUUUUCCCAGGCAGCGGAGCUCCUGAGGAGGUGGGUGUAGGUCCAGGAGAGGGCUUUAAUGUCAACAUUGCCUGGACAGGUGGAGUGGAGCCACCUAUGGGCGAUGUGGAGUAUCUAACUGCCUUCAGGUGAGAUCUGCACUUGCUGUCUGUCAGAGAGAAAUAGAGAAAAUGUAAGAAAUCUUAUACAAAAUACAAAA